AUGAAAACUCUGCCGCUGUUUGUGUGCAUCUGUGCACUGAGUGCUUGCUUCUCAUUCAGUGAAGGUCGAGAAAGGGCUCAUGAACUACGUCACAGAAGGCAUCAUCACCAUUUACCCAAACCUCACUUUGAAUUACCACAUCAUCCUGGACUACCAACUCACCAGAAGCCAUUCAUUAUAAAGCCCCAUAAAUGUCUACACAAACGCUGUAGACCUAGGCCUCCACCUUCAGUUCAUAACCCCCACAAAUUCCCAAAUCCUCCCCAGCCAUCUAAACAUCCAGAUACUACCUUAGUGACUACAACCCAAAUUCCAUCUGUGACUUCCCCAUCUGCUUCCACCAAAAUUACUACCCUUCCAAAUGUGACUUCUCUUCCUCAGAAAGCCACCACCACAUCUUCAAGAGAAAAUGUUAACACAAGCUCUUCUGUAGCUACAUUAACACCAUCGAAUUCCCCAGCUCCACAAGACACCACAGCUCCCCCACCCACACCUUCUGCAACUACAGCAGCUCUACCACCUUCCUCAGCUCCACCGGAGACCACAACUGCCCCACCCACACCUUCUGCAACUACACCAGCUCCACCACCUUCCUCAGCUCCACCAGAGACCACAGCUGCCCCACCCACACCUUCUGCAACUACACCAGCUCCACCACCUUCCUCAGCUACACCAGAGACCACAGCUGCCCCAUCCACACCUUCUGCAACUACACCAGCUCCACCACCUUCCUCAGCUCCACCGGAGACCACAGCUGCCCCACCCACACCUUCUGCAACUACACCAGCUCCACCACCUUCCUCAGCUCCACCGGAGACCACAGCUGCCCUACCCACACCUGCAACUACACCAGCUCCACCACCUUCCUCAGCUCCACUGGAGACCACAGCUGCCCCAAUCACCACACCUAAUUCUUCCCCAGCUACUCUUGCACCUGACACUUCUGAAACUCCAGCUGCACCCACACACCAAACCACUAUUUCAGUCACUACUCAAACUACUACUACUACUAAACAACCAACUUCAGCUCCCACCCAAAAUAAAAUUUCUCGAUUUCUUUUAUAUAUAAAGAAUCUACUAAACAGAGUUAUUGAAGACAUGGUGGAGCAAUAG